UCCGCUGCUGAGGACUUCCAUUUAGGUCUCGAACGACCAUCGCUUCAAAAAAGUGACACUGAAGUCUAACGGAAGAGGACUUGUUACUUUUAUUUAGUAUUUAACCUAAACCUCAACUGUCCGCGUGAGUUUAAGAUGACUUUUUUCAUGGCUUAACCUCGAAAUGGGGAGCGGAACGAGCCGGGGGACCAAAGUGGCACCUGCGGGACUCGGCGAGGCGAAGCUCGCGAAGAAAGCCUCUUCGUCGGUCGUGUCGUCCAAACGCGACGCCUUCGACGCCUUGAGGAUCCACGCCCGCCGCCGAGCGCCGGUGGACUGCCACAGCGCCGGCCACGACUCGGAGAUCUCCGGGGACGGGGACGGGGACGAGGACGACGACGCGGACGCGGACGUCGAGCUGGACGCCGGGUACGGAGAGGCGGUCGAUGCGGGUCGCCGGAGGGGGAAGAAGAACCCGGUGUCCAAGAGGGCGUUCAUGAGGUCCAGGACGUACGGACUGUGUCACUUCAGUAGCAAGGACCAAGAUGAGGAGCAGGAGCAGGAGCAGGAGCAGGAGCAACAGGGGGCGUCGUCGACCUCCUCCUCCUCCUCCUCUUCCUCCGCCACCUCCGGCCUUGGCGGAGCGCAGGGGGCGCAAGGCUGCCCGGGUACGGGCCACAACAAGAGGGGCCACGAUGCCUUCGCACCUCCGCAUGCCUUCUUGACGACAGGACCAAUCGAGGAAGAUGCCCCCUUGCCACAAAUACAGACCACUUUUGGACACAGCACGCCCGUCGCCACACCAGUAAUUCUCUACGACGGCUCUGAAGAAGAACUGAUGGACACCAUCGAGAGGGACUUUAGUUGACCCCUCCCCUCUACUUAAAACUAUGUUCACUAUUUUUGUUUUCUUUUUGCACAGGCACAUGCAAGGCCAACUAUUACUGAACAACACAGAUGAAUACGUAAAUAGUUCUCCUCACAUUUGAGAUAAUACUGUCAUGUGUAACCUUUCUGUAAAUAGUCAAACAGAUAAUUGUGUAGUAGAAGUUGAGGAAUAUUUUUUUUUUUUUUGUGUGUUGCUAUGGAAAUGCUGCUGCAUAUAUAGAAAUGCAAAGCGAGCGGUUUUUGGUCGUGAGUGAGGCCAGUCAGCAAAAAGGAAAACGUGCGGGUUGCCAUGUUCGUAUAAGGUUUCCUUCUUGACUACGUACUAGUAAAAACAGCAAUUUUCCAACCCUGGUAGAAAAGAUUGUCCGCCCAAAAAUGUAAUUAUCGGACCAAAUAGCUCCUCUGUUCAAGUUUUACGCAUUGCGCUCUGCUGGCACCUAGCGGUGAAACACAAGCGUAUGUGUGGCUCAACCACGUUGUAAUAUGAAGAGAAUUAAGUCCCAAAAUUCAUCCAGCCAUCCAUUUUCUUAGCCGCUUAUCCUCACGAGGGUCGCGGCAGUGGUGGAGCCUAUUCCUGCUGUCAACGGGCAGGAGGCGGGGUACAACCUGAACUGGUCGCAAGCCAAUCGCAGGGCACAUCGAGAUAAACAGCCGCACUCACGAUCACACCUAUGGGCAAUUUAGAGUGUCCAAUUAAUAUUGCAUGUUUUUGGGGACGUGGGAGGAAACCAGAGAGCCCGGAGAAAACCCACGCAGGCACGGGAAGAACAUGAAAACUUUGCACAGGCGGGGCCGAGAAUUGAACCCGGGAGCUCAGAACUGUGAGGCCACUUCCGGCUGAGCUACCGAGCCACCAAGUCCCGAAAAUUACAAGGAGAAAAUAUUAUUUCAUAACAUUGUAAUAUUAAAAGUUUUGACAAGAAAAAAGUUUGGGGUAUGGGGUUAAUGUAUUUUAAUGAGAAGUUUGUAAAGUCAUAUCACGGAAUGUCUCAAACAUAAAGUUCCAAAUGUCAAAUAUGAAAUUAUGACCUUGAAAAAGUUGUAAUACCGAGAAACAAUAUAGUCAAGAAUCAAAUCAUUUUUUUUUUUGAGAACAGGAAAAAAAGUCGCCAUCUUUUUAGACCCUGCAAUAUUACAAUAGUCACAUUUCCCUCAUUUUGUCUUAAUUUUUAGCAAAUGGGAAAUGUUAUCAUUAUGAGAGGACAGUAAAUGUUUUAUAUUAAAUUAGGUUUACAUUUGUGUAAUAUUUAACAUAAUCUUGUAUUCAAGUACAAAUAGUUUUAAUAUAGAGCUGCAAAGUUUUUAUUUCACCUUUUAUCCAAAUGCUGUCACUUUAUUUAAAGUUCUCAUUACACUUUUUUUUCUUUCCAUUGAGCGCAUCAUUUGCCGGGGCCUUAUUUAAACGACACGGUGAGCCUCCACCAGAAUGUAAAUCUUGACUUUUAAAAAAGAAAAAAAUGCAAAGAGUGAAUCGAAUAUUUUGUCAUUUGCCAUUUAAUCAUCAUAAUGACAGCAGGCAGACAGCACAAGAUUAUUUCAUAUUUGUGCAACAAUAAAAUGUAUCAUUUCUUACAUGUAUUUAAACAGAAAAUAAAUUUGCUUCUUCGCAUUUUUAAGGUUCAAUGUUACAAAGAAAUCACAGUAUUGUAUUGAAAUAAAAAAUGUGUAAAACG